AUGGAUGCUACGAUCCGGCUCGCACAUGACGAUUAUACUGUGGCAUGGAUCGUCCCACUGGGGGUGGACUCAAUCGCUGCGAGGCUGAUGCUGGACACGAAACAUGAGAAACUGCCACAGUCCUCCAUUGAUCACAAUGUCUAUGAACUAGGCAGCAUCAAUGGCCACAAUAUUGUGAUCGCUAGCCUGCCCACUACAGGCAACACUUCUGCGGCUACGGUCGUUGCGCAACUGCGGAACACCUUCAAGCAGAUUCGAUUCGGGCUGCUGGUUGGCACUGCAGGCGUGCCGGCCCGAACGGACAACGGACCCAUUCAUCUUGGGGACGUGAUAGUGAGCAAACCAGAGCGGGAUCACUCUGGCGCAAUCCAGUACGAUCACGGUAAAAUUCUGGAAGGUCAUUUUCGUCGCACUGGAUAUCUUAUUCCACCACCUACAGUCCUCCUCAACGCUGCGCAGGAUCUGUCGACCGAGCAAGCCAUCACAGAGGACGAUCUGGUUGCACCCCACCUCCAAAGGAUUGAUACUAGGUUACUAACACUCCAGAGGUACAGAUAUCCAGGUCCGGACAGAGAUAAUCUGUACAGGUCCGACUACUCACAUCGUGUGGAAGGACUUCCAUGCCAUGUCUGUCCAUGCGAUCCGUUACAAAGGAUCGACCGCUAUGCAAACGAAAACCAAGAUGACGACUUUCAAUACGAUCGCAGCUCACGAAUUGUGGUCCAUCGCGGAACAGUUGCGGCAGGAGAGAAAGUGAUCAAGGAUGGUCGGCUGAGAGAUGAGCUAUACAAAGCGCACGACGCCCUUUGCUUUGAUAUGGAGGCUGCAGGGGUGAUGAACGACUUUCCAUGCCUCGUCAUCCGUGGGAUUUCGAAUUAUGCCGAUUCCCAUAAAAGUGAUGACUGGCAAGGCUACGCAUCUGCAUCCGCUGCGGCAUAUGCAAGACAACUAUUCUUCCAUAUGCCCGCCAACGAAGUGAAGCAAUGUGCAGUGGGGCUUACAGGUAUUUAA